UGCGUCACGGGCUCGGGCCUGUCUCCUGCUGCGUCCGCCCGCGCGGAACUUCGGCUCGAAACAAAACAACCCGCGGAGCCGCCGGGCGGGGGGUCACUUGUUCCUUGCCAGAGAGUUUGCCCACAGAGCGUCGCCAAGAUAGCUGGGCCAGGAAGAAAGCGUCGAACCCCUGACCCAGACUCCAUCGCUGACCCCGGCGGGCCGUUUGUCUCGUCCAAACGGCUGAAAAUGUCCAGCAGCGCCAGUGCCCCAGGCCAGAGGAGAGCGUCCCGGGGGCUGGAGGAUGCAACCAACAAGAAGAAGCAGAAGGACCGAGCCAACCAGGAGAGCAAGGAAGGCGAGAGACCCCCUGGCAGCGACCCUAAGAAAGACCUGCUGCUGGACUGGAAGCAGAACGCUGACGAGGUCAUUGUGAAGCUGAACUUGGGCAGCGGGGCCCUGAAGUUGGAGGAGGUGGAUGCUGCGUUCACAGACACCGACUGCGUGGUCAGGCUGCCAGAUGGCCGCCAGUGGAGUGGGCAGUUCUACGGGGAGAUUGAGAGCUCCUGCAGCAAAGUCCAGGGCAAGAAGGGCAACUUCCUGCAGCUGGUGCUUCAGAAGAAGAUCCCCCUGCACACCUGGGCUUCGCUCCUGAAGAAGCGGAAGGACGGAUCCAAGGAGCUAGCCAAGGGGGCCAUGAGCCAGAACGGGAAGGAGCAGCCCCCGCCUGCACAGGCCGCCCCCGAGGAGCCGGCGAGGAGCAAGCGGGAGUUCCCGAACUCGAAGCGAGCUCCAGGGAGGGGCGAGGCCCCAGAAGGGAAGAGCCCGGCCAGCCCCAGGCUGCAAAGCGGGCCCAGUGCCAAGCGGGCCGGGUACCUCAAGGUGGCUCUGAUGGAGGAGGAGCCAAAUACCGGGGUCCCUGGGGGCUUGGAGCCUGGCAAGGGACCCAGCGGGAGAGGGGGCAGCCGGCAGAACGGCCGAGCAGCCCACGGCGAUGCUGCCACGGACCUGACCCCGCCUCUGGUGAAGGCCGAAGAGCUGCAGAAGGAGCCCGUGCUUGUGGGGAUGCAGCCGCUCGCUGCCCCUUCGGAGAGCUUUCCCCAGCACAUGGCGCCCUGCCUGGAGAAGAGACCCCUGCAGCCGGCCGCCUCCCAGUGCCCGCCAGCCCUUGGUGAUGGCCCUGAGGCCACCCUGGCCCCCACCCCUCCUCCGCUGGGCCGAGACGCUGAGAAGAGAGACUGGUCCAAAGAGGAUGUUGCCCUGGAAGCAGCAGCGGAUGAGCCAGAGCCCAUCGUGAGCCUGAGCUUGGUGAAGAACGACUCCUACGAGAAGGGGAGUGAUUCAGUGGUGGUGCACGUCUACGUGAAGGAGAUCCACAGGGAGACCUCCAAGGUGCUGUUCCGGGAGCAGGACUUCACGCUGGUGUUCCGGACCAGUGACGUCAACUUCCUGCGACUGCACCCCAGCUGCGGCCCCCACACGGUGUUUAGGUGGCAGGUGAAACUCAGGAACCUCAUUGAGCCGGAUCAGUGCACGUACAACUUCACCGUCUCCCGCAUCAACAUCUGCCUGAAGAAACGCCACAGCCAGCGCUGGGGGGGGCUGGAAGCCCCAGCUGCACGAGGUGCAGUGGGUGGUGCGAAGGUUGCCAUGCCAACAGCCCCUACCCCUCUGGAUAAGAGCCAGCCGGGCAGUAACCAGCACCCCCUGUCCAGUAAGGAGGAGGUUCGGGCAGGGGAGAAGGAGAAGCCCAGAGCAGAGGACGGUGGCUUGGAGGGCGUCACGGCCCGGACGGCCACAGAGCACGUCACAGUGAAGCAGGAACCGCAUGUCCCCUCGCCCAAGCCGAUGUGCAUGGUGCCGCCAAUGACGCACAGCCCGGUGAGCAGCGAGAGCGUGGAGGAGGACGAGGAGGAGGAGGAGAAGAAGAAGGUGUGUCUGCCGGGCUUCACGGGGCUGGUGAAUCUGGGGAACACCUGCUUCAUGAACAGCGUCAUUCAGUCCCUGUCCAACACGCGGGAGCUGCGGGACUAUUUCCACGAUCGCUCCUUCGAGGCUGAGAUCAACUACACCAACCCGCUGGGCACGGGAGGGCGCCUGGCCAUCGGCUUCGCUGUGCUCCUGCGGGCGCUCUGGAAGGGCACCCACCACGCCUUCCAGCCCUCCAAGCUGAAGGCAAUCGUGGCCAGCAAAGCCAGCCAGUUCACGGGCUACGCCCAGCACGACGCCCAGGAGUUCAUGGCCUUUCUUCUCGAUGGCCUGCACGAGGACCUGAACCGCAUCCAGAACAAGCCCUACACGGAGACGGUGGACUCGGACGGGCGGCCCGACGAGGUGGUGGCAGAGGAGGCCUGGCAGCGGCACAAGAUGAGGAACGACUCCUUCAUUGUGGACCUCUUUCAGGGCCAGUACAAGUCCAAGCUGGUGUGCCCGGUGUGCGCCAAGGUAUCCAUCACGUUUGACCCCUUCCUCUACCUGCCGGUGCCCCUGCCCCAGAAGCAGAAGGUGCUGACUGUCUAUUACUUUGCUAAGGAGCCGCACAAGAAACCUGUCAAGUUCCUCAUCAGCAUCAGCAAGGAGAACUCCAGCGCUGCGGAGGUGCUGGACUCGGUGGCCCACAGCAUGCGCGUGAAGCCAGAGAACCUGCGCUUGGCAGAGGUGAUCAAGAACCGCUUCCACCGCAUGUUCCCGCCGUCCCAGUCGCUGGACACAGUCUCCCCCACAGACUUGCUCCUCUGCUUCGAGGUGCUGUCCCCGGAGCUGGCCAAGGAGCAGGUGGUGGUGCUGCAGGUCCAGCAGCGUCCCCAGGUGCCCAGCAUCCCCAUCAGCAAGUGCGCGGCCUGCCAGAAGAAGCAGCAGUCAGAAGACGAGAAGCUGAAGCGCUGCACUAGGUGCUACCGAGUGGGCUACUGCAAUGUGGGGUGUCAGAAAACGCACUGGCCAGAUCACAAAGCCCUGUGCCGCCCCGAGAACAUCGGCUUCCCCUUCCUCAUCAGUGUGCCGGAGUCGCGCCUCACCUACUCCCGCCUGGCCCAGCUCCUGGAGGGCUACGCGAGGUACUCGGUCAGCGUGUUCCAGCCUCCUUUCCAGCUGGGCCCGCAGCCCCUGCUCCCUGAGAAGCUGGACCUGCCUGUGAGGAGUAGCUGUGCGGCUGCCGCCCCUGCCCCAGAGGCGGGGGAUGGGGACAGGGCCCCUCACCGGCCGGAGCCCCAGCUAUCUGCCCCAGAGCUGCACCCGGAGCUGGGGGAGGCCAGCGCAGUGCCCAGGAGUUCCACGCUCAGCUCGGCUUCGGGCUGCUCUGAGCGCUCCCUGGAGGCGCAGGGCGAGGGCUCCUGGGAGAAGGAGCCGUCCUACGAGCGAGGCCCCAAGCCUGAAGCUGCCAUCCCCGGAUACCAGCAUGCGCCCGACACGCUCAGUGCCCACACCACCCAGUUCUACAUCAACAAGAUCGACGGAGCCAGCCGAGAGCAAAAGCUGGAGGAGAAAGGCGAUGCCCCGCUGGAGCUGACGGACGACUGCUCCCUGGCCCUGGUGUGGAAGAACAACGAGCGCCUCAAGGAGUUUGUGCUGGUGGAGUCCAAGGAGCUGGAGUGCGUGGAGGACCCGGGCUCGGCCAGCGAGGCAGCCAGGGCCGGCCACUUCACACUGGGCCAGUGCCUCAACCUCUUCACUAAGCCGGAAGUGCUGGCGCCCGAGGAAGCGUGGUACUGCCCCAAGUGCAAGCAGCAUCGCGAGGCCUCCAAGCAGCUCCUGCUGUGGCGCCUGCCCAACGUACUCAUCAUUCAGCUCAAGCGCUUCUCCUUCCGCAGCUUCAUCUGGAGGGACAAGAUCAACGACAUGGUGGAGUUCCCGGUCCGGAGCCUGGACUUGAGCAAGUUCUGCAUUGGGCAGAAGGAGGAGCAGCAGCAGCCCAUGUACGACCUGUAUGCGGUAAUCAAUCACUACGGCGGGAUGAUUGGCGGGCACUACACGGCCUACGCCCGGCUGCCCAGCGACAAGAACAGCCAGCGCAGCGACGUGGGCUGGAGGCUCUUCGACGACAGCACGGUGACCACCGUGGACGAGAGUCAGGUGGUGACGAGAUACGCGUACGUCCUCUUCUACCGCCGGCGGAACUCUCCCGUGGAGAGACCCCCGCAGGGGCGCCCCCCGGAGCACCGGCCAGACAUGGCUGCCGCCGCCGAGCCAGCCGCCAGCCAGGCUUCUCUGAUCUGGCAGGAACUGGAGGCCGAAGAUGAGCCCGAGGCUGGCAGGAGGCAUGCCAGGACUCCCUGCCGGCCCCGCGGCCAGACGGCGAGCCAGGCUGCCCGGCAGCACCCUGACGAAGGCUGCCUCCGCUACGUUGUGCUGGGCACCAUGGCCGCCAUUGUGGCACUCUUCCUCAACGUCUUCUACCCCCUCGUCUCCCAGAGCCGCUGGAGAUAGGCGCUGGCAGGGCAGCGGCUAGCCCGGCCCUGCACAGUUCCAGCCCCCUGGUGAGGGCUGCUCUGUGCCCAGGGCAUUGGGACACCUCGCCAAGGAGGUGCUGGAGUGACUAGGCCUGCUCGUGACCACGGAGCCCUCGCCGGGCAGCCUUCCUUGCAAGAUCCCACUCUGCAGUACGCUCGACCCGGCUCCUGGGGAGCAGGGACUCUCCAGGCUGCAGCCCUCCGGCAGCACGUGCUCUGGGGUGCAAGUAGCCGGAAUGGCAGACCAGCGGAGCGCGGCUGGGGCUGCGCCUCCCUGCGUGGGUCCCCUCUACUGCAGAGCGAUCUCCCGCUGAGCCGAGCGCUCCCUCGUGCUAGCCGUGGGCUCUGCUCCUGGCACGCUGGCGUGGUGCUGCCUCCGGCCCCAUCACACAGAGUCAUUUGGGCUCAUGCCCGCUGGACUUGGCUGCCUCCCUGACGAUUGGCCUGCUGGCUGUGGCCUCGUGACUAAUAGUCCCCAGUGUGCAGCGGUUCUGCCUGCUCUGCCCCGCCUCGCCCCUCCGCUCUCCCCCGUGUGCCGGCCGGGAGUCCCACGGUCCAGCUGAGUCCAGAACGAGCUGGUGGGAGGUGGGGGCCAGUCUCCCUGCGCCUGCCUGGGGACAGGCCCGUGGGAAAGCACGCCCAGCGCUGGGCCCAGGGAGUUCCUGCCAGGACAGCAGCAAAGGGCCCUCGUUGUGUACUGUAUGGACCAUAUGAAUAAACUGGGCUGUUCCAGCCA